ACUCCCCCAGGCGGCGCGAGUGCCAGCACCAGCACCAGCAACAGCACCCGCGCCAGCUACACCAUCGUCCCGGCGCCCAUCGCCACCGCGGACCAGCAUGUCUGCUACAUCUGCCUGCAGACCGACGCCGACAACCCCGGCGCGACGUUUGUGAACCCGUGCCCGUGCAGCCUCGAGGCCCACGAGGAGUGCAUGCUGCGCUUCAUCGCCGAGACGGAGCAGCAGAAGCGCUCGGGGCGGUCCAAGGGAGCCAUGCGGUGCCCCGCCUGCAAGGAGCCCAUCUACGUCGACGAGCCCUACGACGCCUUCCUCGCCCUCCGCGACAACCUCUACCGCCGCUACAGCGGCCUGUCGCCCCUCGUGCUGGUCACCAUAUUCGGCUGCGGGAGCAUCGCCGGGUCCGCCUGGUACGGGUGGAGCGCGGCGCAGACCUUUGCCGGCCCCGAGGCCAUCGAGCGGUGGAUGGCCGGCGGCGUGGGCGGCCUGACCCUCAUGGGCGGGCCCCGCAAGUACAUGUCGCUAUUGCCCAAGAUCUUGACCCUGGCCGCCAUCGGGCCAACUCUGGUCGUCACCCGCGCAAUCCCGUCUUUGGGGCACAUCUUCUUCGUGCCCGCCUCUUUCUUUUACGCGCUGACCCUAGUAGCGCGAGACGAGGUUCUGACAUGGCCGCCUUCUCCCGAGUGGACCGUGGCGCUCAUGCCCUAUGUGCAUCUCAGCUACAACUUCUUCUACUACGACUUCCUAGGACCUCUCGAGAUGCGCCUUAAUCGCGCUCUUCGCGGGCGGCCACCCGUCGAGGAGCCGCCGGCAGCGCUGGAGAACGAGGCGGCCGAAGCUGCGGCGGUCGCUCCGGCGCCCGUCGGCGAAGCGGCCGAGGACGAGGAGCCAGGGCUGUGGAACUCGGUCGUCAACCUGGGCCAGCUUGUCUUGCGAAUGUUCGGGGACGGUCCGAUGGAGGUCGAGCUCCAGAUACGGGGUGGAGACGGCGACGAAAACGACGAGGGGGACGAUGGCGCGCCAGAGCCCGCACACCAACAGAACCCGCCGCCGCUUCCAGACCGAGCUGCCGCGCCGCCGCCGCCGCCGCCGCCGCCGCCGGAGCCGGCCCCGAAUCAGAACCAAAACCAAGGCCGGAACCAAAACGGCGGCGCCGCCGCCGACGAGAACCGCGUCAACGGCACGCUGACCACCAUCCUCAACAGCAUCAUGACGUCGCUCCUCUUCCCCGCCUUCUCGUACGGCAUGGGCGAGCUGCUGAGCCUGGCGGUGCCGCGGGCGUGGGUGACGCGGCCCGCUCCGCCUCCGUCGUCGUCGUCAAUCUUCCUGCGGCGGGGCAGCCCGCUGCUGACGUCCCCAACGGGCCUGCUGCAACAGCCGUGGGGCCGCAGCCUGGUGGGCGGGUGUCUAUUCGUGGUGCUGCGCGACGCGUUCGCGCUGUACGUCAAGUACCGCCGCGUGCAGGUCAAGCUAAACCGCAAGGUCCGCAACGUCGAGAAG